AGCUUGAGAACAGCUGACGGACAUGACAGAACAUGUGUGCUGACCAGCCAGCUCCAGCCUGUAGUUGACACUCUUGACAUUCACUUGACCUCUUCUAUCAACUACUUUUAUAAUGAACGACACGGAACUCCUUAACCUGAUCAAAUCAAUUGAUGACAUCACCAAGUGCCCGAUAUGCCUGCUGCGCGCCCAGCCACCCAUGACAGCAUGUGUCAACGGGCACGCGAUAUGCACUAAGUGCCGAGACAUCCUGGUCACAGAGUGCCCGCUAUGUAUGCAGGAGUUCCUGACAACUCGUCCACACGUGUUAGAGCAGUUGCUAGAAGUUCUGCCAGGGAUGUGCAAGUUUGCCAGCAGAGGUUGCACGGCCAUAUCUCGGUUCAGUCGCCAUGAACAGUUCUGCAAGUACCGGGAGAUGCGUUGCACGCUGGGACAGAACAACCUCUGCGACUGGAAGGGCACCGUCAAGGACUGGCUCAUCCACGGAGAUGACAAACAUUUCUUCCUUAAUCUCCAAAUAAAAGACCAGACACUAGAAAUCCCACACUCUCUCUCUGACUUGUCCUGGAACUCGAAAAAUUUCCGUUUCACUUUUGAAAGCAAUGUUUUUGUACUCCACACGAAGAGGUGCUCUGGAGAACUCAUCCAGUACAUCAGACACAUACCUCUGCAGAAACCGACCUACACCUAUCACUUCAUCUUGAGCUUCAGAAAGAACGAAGAGAUAAUAUACAAAUUUCCAAUAAGGGCUGCCAGCCAGGAUGACAGAGAGAUCCAAGACAAUAGCCUGUAUAGUCUAUGGGUGCCUGUCGCAAACCUGCAACAACUCACUAACGAGUUUGGGACUGUUAUCAUGAACAUUCAGUGUGCAAAAACCAGUAUUCCCUCAGCAAAAUAGAGGCUACUUCUCUUCACAUUCUUGUUGUUGUUGUUUAGUUUUUAAUGACUUUAGCUAUUUCUAGCUUGUGUUAGUGACUGUUUAUUACUUAAAGUAAAAUUUUAAUAUUUUCUAACUUUUUAAUGCUUUUUUUUAUAAUUAGCAUGCUUGGAUUUGAUACAGUUUAUUAUCAGAAUUUGAUUACUUGUAAUGGUUCCUUAAAGGAGACAGCUAGUGUUUGUACCAUUUAGUAUCUGCAAGAGCUGAUUUUUAAAACAUUUAACUUAUGCCAUUUUAUGGUAAAAUUUUAAUUUAUAAUGUGAUAAAUACAUUUAAAAAUUUUGUCAAAUACAUAUUUUUUAUAGAACGUUCUAAAA